ACCUAUCGCUUGAUAUAUCAAUUUGCCGAGCAACGACCUUUUCUUUUUUCCCUUCCCUCUUGACUCUUGCGAAUUGGGAUGUUUGGCGCGAUCGCGAGACGGCGGGCCUUGUAUACUGCUGCGACUCCUACGACUACCUCUCUUCUGCAACGAGGCUUGAUUGCGAAUAGAUUCAGAAUGGCUCCUCAACAGAAGCGCGGCAACAGUGGUCUGCCUGAGAACUACAAGGAGGACCACGCCCAAGGUGCCAUGCUCCGAUAUGAGGACUCCCUCCCACAUCUACCAAUCCCUACCCUCGACGAGACCGCCAAGCGCUACAUCAAGUCGGUCCACCCUCUCCUCACCGACGCCGAGUUCGAGACCACGAAAAAGGCCGUCGAGGCUUUCGUCAAGCCAGGCGCCAUUGGACACCAGCUACAAGAGAGGUUGCAAAAGCGUGCCAGCGAUCCCAACGUUCGCAACUGGCUGUCCGAGUGGUGGAACGAUGCGGCAUACCUAGGAUACCGCGAUCCGGUCGUACCAUACGUGUCGUACUUUUACAGCCACCGCGACGACAAGAAGCGAAGGGACCCGGCCAAGCGUGCGGCGGCUAUUACCUUCGCCUCGCUGGAGUUCAAGAAGCAGGUGGAUGACAAGUCGCUCGAGCCCGAGUACAUGAAGAAGCUCCCCAUGGCCAUGUCUUCGUACCACUGGAUGUUCAACGCUUGCCGCAUCCCAGCGAAACCCUCUGACUACCCCGUCAAGUACAACGCGAAAGAGCACGAGUACAUUAUUGCAAUCCGCAAGAAUGCUUUCUUCAAGGUUCCCACUCACCACAACGGACAGCAGCUCAGCGCCAAGGAGCUCGAGCACCAAUUCAAGCGUGUCUACGAGACGGCAGACAAAGCUCCCGCAGUCGGCAUCAUGACGACCGAGAACCGCGACAACUGGACUGAGAUGCGCGAACGUCUGAUCAAAUCCAAUCCAGCCAACAAAACCGUCCUCGAAGCCCUCGAAGCCUCCGCCUUCGUCGUCUGCCUCGACGACGCCUCCCCCAUCACCCUCUCCGAGCGCGCCGACCAAUACUGGCACGGCGACGGCUCCAACCGCUGGUUCGACAAGCCCAUCCAAUUCAUCGUCAACGAAAACGGCACUUCCGGCUUCACGGGCGAACACUCCAUGAUGGACGGCACGCCCACCCACCGCCUCAACGACACAAUCAUGCACUGGAUCUUCAACGACAAACUCGACUUCGACGCCCCAACCCUCCGCUCCACCAUUCCCGACCCGCAACCCCUCCGCUUCCAACUCUCCGGCGAAAACCACGCCGACGUCGCCCUCGCGCAAACCCACCACGUCGGCCUCAUCUCCCAACACGAACUCCGCGUCGAAGCCUUCCAGGGCUACGGCAAGGGCGCGAUGAAGAAGUUCAAGUGCUCUCCGGACGCGUACGUGCAGAUGAUCAUCCAACUCGCCUACCACAAAUUCUACGGCAAGAACCGUCCCACGUACGAAUCCGCCGCGACCCGUCGUUUCCAGGAGGGUCGUACUGAGACUUGCCGUACCGUUUCGGACGAGAGCGUGGCAUUUUGCAACGCCAUGGCACACCCGCUUAGCACGGACGAGGAGUGCCGAAAACUCUUCCGCAAUGCGUUGAAGGCUCACGGGGAGUACAUCACCGCUGCGAGUGACGGCAAGGGAGUGGAUCGCCAUCUAUUCGGAUUGAAGAAGUUGUUGCAGCAGGGUGAGGAGGUACCCGAGAUUUUCAAGGAUCCCGCGUACACGUAUUCGUCGUCGUGGUACAUCUCGAGUUCGCAACUCAGUUCGGAGUACUACAAUGGAUAUGGAUGGAGUCAGGUUAUUGAUGCUGGGUUUGGAAUCGCCUACAUGAUCAACGAAAACAGCAUCCAGUUCAACAUUGUCAGCAAGAAUUUGGGAUCGGAGAGGAUGGCGUUCUUUUUGAACCAGAGCGCGUUGGAUAUUCGGGAGAUUUUGGCGAGUGAGGAGCAGCCUAAAGCGAAGUUGUAG